AUGGCAACGACUAUCCACAGCGGAGAUCCGAACCCGCUGGACAGUACCGGACUCUGCCUGCUGUCCCUCGACGGCGGUGGAGUACGCGGGCUUUCGACCCUCUACAUCCUCAAAGGCUUGAUGGAUAGGCUGAACCGGAAACGGCCGCAAGGAACCCCAGCGAAAAAGCCAUGCGAGGUAUUCGAUCUGAUCGGAGGGACUAGCACAGGCGGACUGAUUGCAAUCAUGCUGGGUCGACUGGAAAUGGAUGUCAAUGAAUGCAUUACGGCAUACGUACAAUUGAUGAAAAAUAUAUUUAAAAGCCCGUCAAAAUGGAGCAUUGCUGCAAGCCUGUUUGGCGAUAUUCGGCCGCAAUUUGAUGCUAGCAAGCUUGAGGAUGCGAUCAAUGAAGUUAUUAGUAACUGUGGAGCCAACCCGACUGAUCUCUUCAAUGAUCAGACUGAGCGGGGCUGCCGGGUCUACCCGGGCCCUAAUAACCUAGACGUUCCCGCCACAAUCUGCCAGGCGGCCCGUGCCACCUCAGCUGCCACGACCUUUUUUGAACCGGUAGCAAUUGGAGCACGCAUAUUCGCGGACGGCGCACUCGGGGCUAAUAAUCCGGUUGAUGAGGUAGAGGGGGAAGCGUCAAAUAUCUGGUGUCCAGAAACUGGUGACCUGAAGCCACUAGUGAAAUGUUUCAUCUCGAUUGGCACUGGCAACCCAGGGAAAAAGGCGUUCGAAGAUAACCUGCUCAAGUUCAUGUCUAAAACCCUCCCAGAGCUUGCUACAGAGACUGAGAAAACUGAGAAGAAUUUUAUUGCCCGAUGGCGUCAACACUACGACAGCAAACGGUACUACCGGUUCAAUGUAGAGCAGGGACUGCAGAAUGUUGGGCUGGCAGAGUUUCAGGAACAAGGCCUGAUUGAAGCAGCGACGGAGGAGUAUCUUGAUCAUCAAGCAGUGAUGUUCCAGGUGCGGGAUUGUAUUCAGAACCUGGAGUCCAAGCAGAGUGUGUACCUAGACAACUUUUCUUAG